AUGGACUGGGCAGAGCUGGACUCAGCCCCAGGACCCCCAAACUGGUCAGACUGGUGGAACUGGAGGGCCCCCGGCAGCGCCUCCCGCCCUUAUCGCAGCCGGAGCCGGAGCCGGAGCCUUAUCGGGAGCGGAACGGGGGCGGGGGGCGGGGGGGGGGGGGGGGGGGGGCGGGAGCGGAACGGGGGCGGGGGGCGCGAGGGGGACCAGGAAUGGACCCGGGAAGGGGGAGGGGGCACGGGGGUCCUGGUGCUGCUGGUGGUCACUUCCCCCGCCGACCUGGCCGCCCGCGAGGCCGUGCGCCGCACCUGGGGCAACGAGAGCGCCGUGCCGGGGCUGAGCGUGCUGCGCCUCUUCCUGCUGGGGCUGCACCCGCAGUUCGGGGCCGAGCUGCAGCCCGUGCUGCGGGAGGAGGACGAGCUGCACCAGGACCUCCUCCAGCAGGAUUUCCUCGACACCUACAACAACCUGACGCUCAAGACGCUGAUGGGGCUGGAGUGGGUGAGCCGCUUCUGCCCCAACGCCAGCUACGUGAUGAAGGCCGACCACGACGUCUUCCUCAAUCUGGAGUUUUUGUGGCGGCUGCUGCGGCCGGUCAGGACGGAUUUCCUGACGGGUUACGUGUACCGGCACACCGGGCCGCUGCGGAACCGAGCCUACAAGUGGUUCGUGCCGCGGGAGGUUUACCCCAACGACACGUACCCGCCCUACCCCUACGGCGGCGGGCCGGCCUACGUGCUCUCGGCCGACCUGGCGCUGCGCGUGUUCGCCGUGGCGCAGCUGCUGCCCGUCAUCAACAUGGAGGACGUGUUUGUGGGGAUCUGCCUGCACGCGCUGGGCGUCGGCAUCACCGACCCGCCGCCCGGCGCCUUCAACAUGUACCGGCUGGACUACGACAAGUGCCGCUUCUCGCGGCUGGUGAUGGUGCACCACUACUGGCCGCAGGACCUGCUGCAGGUGUGGCCGCAUUUUCGGAACAAGUCCAUCAGGUGUCCUUAGGGCUCUGUCCCCUCUCGCGCUGACUGUCACCGCGGCGUCGCCGCGCUCUCGGUGUCGCCGAGUUCCCGGUUCUGGUUCUGUCCCUCCCUUGCGUGGACGCUCCCGUCGCUCUGAGCCGCCGGAUUCGGAGCUGCUGCUCCGUCCGCUCGUCCCGAGGCGCGGUUGGGUUCUGGCACGGCUGGGUUCUGGCACAGCUGGGUUCUGGCACAGCUGGGUUCUGGUGCGGUUGGGUUCUGGCACAGCUGGGUUCUAGCACAGUUGGGUUCUAGCACGGUUGGGUUCUGGCACAGCUGGGUUCUGGCACAGCUGGGUUCUGGCACAGCUGGGCUCUAUCACAGUUGGGCUCUGGCACAGUUGGGUUCUGGCACG